UCUAAAAGUGUGGCAAGAAAAGCAUCUCAGCCUGCACAAACCAUCAAACCUUGAGGUAGAGUAGCAGAAGACCACAUUGGGUUCCACGUCUGUCAGCCAAAAACCUACCUGGUCUUUUUCUGGUCUUGAACUGUCCAGUUUUGGUGAGUCUGUGCCCAUGAUAUCCUCAGAUUCUUGUUCUUAGCUGACAGAAGUGGAACCCAACAUGAUCUUCUGUUGUAGUUCAUCUACCUCACAGUUUGAUGUUUUGUGUGUUCGGAGAUACUUUAUCUUUUCACCUCGGUUGCAAUAUGUGCUUUUAGAGUUACUACAGACUUUCUGUCAGCUCAAAUCAGUCUGGUCAAACAAGAUGUUUCAGCCUGUUUAUACUGUUGUGCGUAUAAUUCAUAGGAGAUAAACAGUUUAUGAAACACUCAAACCAGCCCUUCUGGUUCCAACAUCUAUGCCACAUUCUGAUAUUUGAUGUGAACAUUAACUGAAGCUCUUGUGCCGCUGCCACAUGGUUGGCUGAUUAGAUAACUGCAUGAAUAAACAGGUGUUCCUAAUAAAGUGAACAGUGCAUGAAUAUCACUGAAAAAAAUUCAGUCUUUGAAGAUCGUCAAAACCCUAUUCCUGUCCAAAUUCUCAUUUGAGUUGACUUCUCUUUAGACCGCCUUUUAUAAUGAGAAGAUUGAAAAAAAAUCUGCCAGACCUUCACUCCUACCCCAACUCCAACACUGCACACUCAGGAUUCUCCUUUGCUUUCACUGGUUCAUUUUUCUAAUCUACCAACAGAAGAGAUUCUGCAAGUCAUCUUAUCAUGGAGUCUUACCACCUGCACUUUGGAUCCAAUCCCAUCCAUUGUGAUCCAGAUUAUGUCAUAAGAUGUCCAUCCCUUCAUCAUUGCUAUGAUUACUAGCUCUUUUACAUCUUGUCAUGUACCGACUGCAUUCAAGAGAGCAAGGGCUAUUCCCAUCCUGAUGAAACCCCUUCCGGCUCUUUCACAUAUUAGCAGCUACCGACUGGUGUUAUUUCUUUCUUUCCUCACUGAAAUUGUCAAAUGAACUGUGUGUCUAUCUCUAACAGAACAACUUCCAAGAUCCUAACCAGCCCGGCUUUAAAGUGACACAUUCCACAGAAAUCGGCCUUUUUGGCCAUUAAUGCGAAGAUACAUGCCACUAGAUCAGCCAAACUGUCCUCCUCAACCUGUGAGCAGCAUUUGACACAAACACAAGAUUCCUUUGUCCAUUCUCAUGAAUGUUGGAAUUCAUGGCACAGCACAGCAAUGGUUGGCUUCCUACCUGGAUGGUUGGUCAGAUUAGGUGACAUGGAGGAGAUCCACAUCUGCUCUAUGUCAUCAUGAGGGUUUUCAUACCAGUGCUAUGCAGAUGACGCUCAACUCUUUCCAUCAUAGAUGGCAGCUCAUGAGCGGAAAAUUAAUCCCAGCAAAACCGAACUGGUGUUCAUCUCGGGUGAUUCAUUCCCAUAUUAAGACCCAUGAACAACUCUGAGAUCUUAUCCAUGCUCAGUGCACAUAACCUUGGGUUAACCAUGGACAAUCAACAGCCAUUUUCCUCUCACGUUGCUAAUCUGUUGCAAUACACACUUAUGCAAUUUUUUUCCUUUACUGUAUCAGAAGGAUUCAUCUAUUUCUGUUCACACAGGUCUCUUAGGUGCUUGUCCAGUCUUUUGUCAUUUCAAGACUGGACUUCAACAACUUAUUCCUGGCAUGUCCACAUGAUUUACAUUUAACCUCUGCAACUAAUCCAGAAUGCAGCUGCAUGACUUGUUUUCAACAAGCUGCCGGCAUCAGAUUUAAAAUAAUGAUGUUGGCCUAAAAAGCCAAAAAUGCACCAACACCCUCGUACUUAAAGUGCUUAUCACACCCUGUGCUGAACUGCGCUUACUCCGAUCCUCAAGCACUGAUUGUUCCAGUCAUCUGUCAGGAUACAAGGAAGGCAUUAAUCCUGAUUCUGCUCUGUUCUGGUACCUAGAUGGUGGAAUAAAAUGACCCUAUGUCACUGGCAGCUUUCAAACAUUGCCUAAAGACCAAUGCCUGAAAUACUUGAAUUAACAUUUCAAUAAAAAUGAAUAAUACUGUGCUUUUCUUAAUAUAUUAUUUCCCUAACUAAGUUUUUUUUGUUUUUUUUUUAAUGUUGGCAUUCUCUUUUUCUUUGACCUAUUGAAACAGUAUCAGGAUGUAUUUAUUGAUGGCGGCUUUAAAGCACUUUUAUAAGUCGUUCUGGAUAAUGGCAUCUGCCAAAUGCUGUAAAUGUGGUGAAAUUAACGACAUGGUUAUGUGAAUCUGUUUCCCACCCUCGAAUGCUGCAAAGAUGAAUAAAGCAAUAUAAGAACAUCUUUGUUAGAGGUUGCCUGAUGUCUGUAUAAUCAACACUUGUACUGUUAGAAUAAUGACUUGCAAUAGCCCCCCAAAGCUGGGUUUUGUUCUUUCUUUAGACUUCAGUGUUGCUGUUAUGAGAGAGAGUGAGAGAUUAAAAAUGUAUUUAGAAUACUCCAUGUUUUGAAAAAGUUUGUACUGUUGUAAUGUUGUACUUUGGUACUAUUCACUAUUUAAUAGAUAAAAACUUUUUGUUCACUGGUUGGCACAGUGGUGCAGUGGGUAGUGUGUUACUAGCUCACAGGCUUAGGGUCCCUGAUCUGAUCCUGAGCUCACAGGCUCUCGCUCCGUUUCUGUUGGUUUCCUCUGGGUUCUCUGAUGUCCUCCCUCCGCCCAAAAGCAUGCAGGUAUAUUUUCCAACCAGGGGAUGGAUGUGUGUGGAUGCCACAGACCCGAUGAAAGGAAACUGGUUGCGCUAUGUGAACUGGGCAUGCUCACCUGAAGAGCAGAACUUGUUUCCUCUGGAAAUCAACAGAGCUAUAUAUUACAAAGUGCUGAGGCCAAUCGCGCAGGACGAAGAACUGCUUGUGUGGUACAAUGGAGAAGACAACCCAGAGAUAGCAGCUGCAUUAGAGGAAGAAAGGAGCAGUAACUUUCACAAGAAAAACUCACCAAGAGCCAAGAGAGCAAGAAAGAAGCUGUUGGAAAAAGCCAGACGGGCUGGUUUGGAAAUAUUAUCUGGACAUACGGCAUUGAGCACAAGACCUACGGUCACCGAGAUGCGUGAUUCAGAUAAAGAAAUAAAUAAAGAGGAAGAGAGACCCUCUGUGGCUUCAGAUCCAGCUCAUGAGACUGCACCUUCAUGUAUAACUCCCACAGAGACCAGGCACAUUUCUCUGCCUCCUGUUCAUACAUCAGUGUUGGAGCAGAAGGAAAUAGAGAAGUCCGAUCAAGGAAAACUGCAACCACUUGGGCACUUUGAGCACUUGGCUGAGUCACAGUCAGGAAACAGUAGUGAACUCCCUGACCCAGAAUCAGUUUUUGGCCAGUGUGUCAAGGAGAGUUCUGAGAGUCCAUUGCAUGAAGUCACAUCAGUGUCAUCUUUAGUUUUGCCAGAGCUGGAUGCAGAGGGGGACCCUGACUUCGAGUAUGAUGCACAAGGUGGCAACUACCAUUGUCAGUACUGUGAACAUCAGUUCUCAACCAAACAAAGCCUGGAGCAUCAUAUUAACACUCACACUACUAGAAACCACCAGACCCUAACCUUUAAAUGCAGAUACUGUGCCAAGUCAUUUGGUUCUCAGGUAGGCAAGCGCCGCCAUGAAAGGCGGCAUGAAAAUGGAAGUAAAGGCCUGAAAAGGCCUGGAUCGCUUGCUGGAACAGCAUUUCUCCAAAAUCCUUCGGUGUGUAAUGACUCUCCUAUUUUUGCUAGUGUGACAUCUCCAAGCCCCACUAUUAAAAGUGCUCAAAACAGUCCACCUCACCUAAGCUCAGAUGCUUUGACUAAAGAUUCCAGUGUUGAGCCAGACCAGUCUCUUAUUUUGGAAGAGAAUGGGGAAUCAAAAGAACUACAUCCUUGUAAAUAUUGCAACAAAUCUUUUGGCACUCACACCAACAUGCGCAGGCACCAGCGCAGAAUUCAUGAACGUCAUCUCAUGCCAAAAGGAGUCCGGAGGAAAGGAAUGCUCUUACAGGAUAUUCCAACCCAGCAGCUACAACAAAGUCAGAGCUCAGAGCUCCCAGAGGCAUCUCCACGUAAUAGCCCUCCACCUAUCUAUGUGCCUAGUGUAGACACAGAUGAUGAGGGAGAGCGAGACGACAGCAUGGUUGAUGUUUCCAAAAACAUCUCAGAGAAUCUUAGCCUUUACAUAGAUGGAAAGAUCCUAUCCACAAGCACAGUCAGCAGCUGUGAAGUCAUAGAGGUUGAUUCAAGUAGUCCAGCAUUAUUUGGUCUUGAUGCUGUCAUCUUGAAUUCUACCCAAAUCAGUCAGGCUCUUCAACUUGAAACACAGCCUUGCCAUGUAAAUGAGCUUUCAGUUAUUGAUCAGUCUCUUCCUAAAAGAAGAACUUCUACACCACCACUUCUUCCCACUGUGAAAACAGAACCUGAUACUGUGUUAUCUACUGCAUCUUCAUCGUCUGCUUCUUCACAGUCACCUUCUUUGGGAGGUAAUAUAUUCCCACAGCCUACAGAGUCGUUGGCCUUUCAAAAGGAGAAAACAAUUUAUCUUUCUCCCAAAUUAAAACAGCUUCUGCAGACCCAGGACAGUCAGAAACAGACCCUAACUCUUAUUACAGACAACCGUAAAUUGACUACUCCCCUGUCUGUAACAUCAUUGCCUGCUGCUCAAGGAAAAUUUAAAAGAAGGACCGCUUCUCCUCCUACAAAUGUACAGAUCAGUUCAUCAGCAAUAGUAGAAAGCUCAAUUGUUGAAACGGGAGAUUUUGCUCUUAUGGUGCCAAAGGCUGAAAGCCAUUGCACAAGCUUUUCUUGGAGUGUAUCCAGCAAAGAGCAGAGGGACUGCAUGAGUCCUUCUGGAAAGGACUGGCCAGUCUUAGUAAGUGGAGGCAGUUCUUGCAAUCAGCAGCCUCUUGACCUUUCUGGUGCUGUUGGUAAACGAGGGGGCAGCAUAAGCAAAGCACCUAGUGAAUCUGUAUUGGAUUUAAGCAUACACCAUAAAAAUGUGAUUGACCACAAAACAAAAUCAAGCAUAUUGUUACAGUCACAUGUGAAGCGAAAAAAGCCCAAUACCAGCAUGUUGGAGAAAGUAUUAAUGAAUGAAUAUUCUGGCUUAAGCACAGCCGGAGAGGAGGGCUCUCCUUGUCUUGGAAGCCCAGACACUCACUUGUCUUCAGGCAGCUGCACAGGCGUGUCUCCAUCCAGUGUGUCUUCGAACUCGGAACACCCUCCUUGUGAAUCUGUCUCUCCACCCUCCCUGACCCCUGUGACCAUGAACCCUUCUUCCCCAUCAUCCUCUAGCCAGGCAUCCUCUACACCACCACCUCCAGUUCUGCCCACAGUCCCUUCACCUCCACCUCUUUCUCAGUUUUCAGAUUCUGCUUUUCCCAAAUUGUCUCCCAAACCUGUUUAUCAUAUGGUAGAUGAAAUGUCAAGAUUCCCCAAUGUAAAAGAAACAGGCCUUGAUAUGAAAAAUAUGGAUGAUAAAGACUUUGAUGAUGAAGACAACCAAACUUCUAAGCAGUGCCCUCCCGAUGAUGCACUGCCUCAAUGUCUUGAGGACACGAAAAGUCAUUGUGAUGCAGAUUCCUUUUCCAAAUCUGAAACACUAUUUGAGGGCUCGACCACAGAUCCUGAUGUACAUUCGCUAAAAAGUAUAAACAAUCUGACUUCUUUGGAUGAAAAGAACAUUGUUGACUCCAACACCAUUCAAAGUAGUUCCAUUGGUGGACCUUCCCCUCAAGACCACAAUAGUGCAACUGAUGCGUGUCAAAAACUACAAUCUGUUCAUUCUCCUUUGCACUUAGCUCAAGAAAUGGACUCACUUCCAGCUUCUCACAAUAUAGCAGCAGAUUCUAAUGUGGAGCCAUUAGCUGAUGACGCACUAAUUACCAAUAAAGAAAUGAUUGAAAAUGGAGUAGAAAACAUGACCAAUGAUGAUGGAGUUUCCUUAUCUAGAGUGCCAGAAAAGAUAACAGAUGGAGCAGACACCUUAGAACAGGAUGUGUUUACAAAAAGUUUUGUAUGUAAUGUCUGUGAGGAACCCUUUCACUCUAUUAAACAACUUAGCGACCAUAUCAUAGAUCAUGCUAUAGAAUGGCCUUUUAAGUGUGAAUUUUGUGUGCAGUUAUUUCAAAAUGCUGAAGCUCUUUUCAAGCAUCGCUCCUCUCUCCAUGGAGUUGGGAGAAUUUAUUGUUGUCCAAUUUGUGCCAAAGAGUUUGCUUUCCUCUGCAACCUCCAGCAACACCAGACUGACCUGCAUCCUGGUCAGAGUCAUGCUCACACCAUGGUUGAAAAUGGCAAGCUGAGGCCUCAGAAUUACACUGAUCCUGCUCAGGUGAAUAUGGAGAGAAGUGAUUUACAUUCAGCCCCUGACACAACUGUAGAUGUUGCUCCUCAAGACCCAUGUGUAUUACUUAACUGUAGUAGUGUUAAAGAAGAGGGUGAUGAAGAUAAUCAAGAAGACCCCACAGAAGAGCUGUACACUACAAUAAAGAUCAUGGCUUCUGAAGCCGGAAAGCCCAAAUGCCCAGAUGUACGCCUUGGCAUCAAUCAACACUACCCCAGUUUUAAGCCUCCCCCAUUUCCCUACCACAAUCGAACACCUGCUGACUCUGUAGCCUCUGCAACUAACUUCACCACCCACAACAUACCACAGACAUUCAGCACAGCAAUCAGGUGUACCAAAUGUGGCAAUAGCUUUGACAACAUGCCUGAGCUCCACAAACAUAUUUUGGCAUGUGCUAAUGCAAGUGAUAAGAGACGGUACACACCAAAAAAGAACCCUAUUCCACUCAGGCAGAUAGUGAAUCAGCCUCAGAACGGCGUUUUCCCGCCCAUAACAGCAGCCAGUGGGGGCCAGAAUGCCUUCCGUAGGAUGGGCCAACCCAAACGACUCAACUUCAAUCAGGAGAUACCCACCGCGUUGAAGAUGUCUGCCCUGAAUAAAAAGAAAAAUCAGCUUGUUCAGAGGGCUAUAUCUCAGAAGAAUAAGGCUGCUACUUCUGUAAAGAAAACCUCUACUCAGGAGGAACAGCAAGAUGGGCAAUCAUGUCCAUACUGCAAUCGAGAAUUUACAUAUGCUGCCAGCCUUGCAAAACACAUUGCUUGCAGUUGUCCUCAGAAACCAGUUGCUAAGAAAAAGAAAGGAGCCCUAAUGCCUCAAAAUAAAAACAUGAAACUCAGAAGUCGAACAUCAGACUCUGAAAUCAAACAAGAAGGAAACUUGUGCCUGGCUGUGAAGCCAUUGGGGAAAACAAGGACCCGGAGCUCAGAGUUGUUAGAAGGUGAAGUUACAUCAGGUAGCAAUGGUAAAACAGGUACUCUGCAGAUACGUGUCAAGAGACCAGCCUUGAACAAACACCACUCGGCCCCCAAAAGCAAAAAGGACAGAAAAAGCAAACCUGAACCUUCAGUUAUGACCUCAUCACCAACUCUUGCAUCACAGCCAGCUGUAAAAAUGCAGCGUGGUGUGAAAGAUAUGGUUCACAAAAAAGAGGCUGAAACAAAACCUCAAGUACAGCUUAAAAAAGAAAAGCGUUUCUCAAAGAGAAUGCGGGAAAGAGUAGGUGGCCCAAUGACACGCAGUCUGCAGAUGGCAAGUGGAACACCACCUGGAGAAGUGAAGACUGAAGAUCCACCAAUUAGUGAACCUGUUUAUGGAGAAUAUAAGGAAUCCUGUUUAAGUUAGCUGAGUGGAUUUUCUGAGGAUACCUGAGGAAAGACUGCUGUUGAGAGAUGUACUGGUGAACACAAUGUGAUCAAAUUGGAGCGUUAGACUGAUCAGAUUCUGGAUCUGAGAUCAGGAGCCUUACCCACUCUUGUAUGCUUCUAUUUUGCUGAUGGAAGCAUGCUGUAAAUGCACUUUUGAAAACGAACCUUUAUGGAUGUCAUGCAAAAACCCAAGGACUUUAAUUCUGAUGUGUAAGUAUGUGUAUAUAUAUGCAUAUACAUAUAUAUGUGUCUGUGUGUGUAUGUAUAAAUACAUACAUAUAUACAUAUACAUAUAUGUAUAUAUGGCUCAAAGUAAUAUUGCUUAAUGGGCCUGAGGUUCCAUUAAUAAUGACGGCUGAUUAUAUUGCAGAAAGGCAAUCCUUCAUCACUUAAUACAUCCAUUUUUGUUAUUCAUAUGAUUUUGUUCUUGUGUUUGGUGAGAUUUUAGAAUUCUUAUAUUAUUGCAUGAUUUGUGUAAACAGUAUGGCUCAAGUGACACUUAUGUCACUGCUCUAUUUUGUCCUGCUUUACUUUUAUCACUGCAAAUGGAAAACAGAAUAUAUGUGAAUAUUUAAUGUAACGCUCCAUAGGGAAUGCAAUAUUUGUUAAAUGAAGCUCUCGCAUUUUAGAGAGGUAUUUUGUCCUUUUUCUUCUCUCUCGUGAACAAAGUAAUGAAUCAUGCUGUUUGAUACAGUCAGAAUGAGCGAUGGUAUAAUGUAUGUAUGUUUGUGAUAUUACCUACCUGAACAAGGCAUUGUGGUUUUGUCUGUUCCUUUUAUAAUCUGUAGCAUUUACAGCAGGACUGCUGGCCAUUAAAAUUACACUAAAAUACAACUGAGCAAAACACUGUUUUAACUGUUUAACUGAGAGUAAUCUCCUUACACUUUUCUCACACAGGAGGACAUUAAACUAGUGCCAAGAUGGAA